AUGAACCGCCUGGCCGUUGGGGAGGUGCCUGCGGCGGUCGCUCUGUUAUACAAGGAGAGCGAGACCUCUGCUCACUCGCCCACGGUGGUCUCGAACACCCAGCGCAUGGCAGCAGCGGGGGGUAGUAGAGAAGUAGGAUCUACCGAAAAGGGUGAGAGCGAGGAGAGGAAGCAGGGCAGUGUGGACCGCAAGCGCAGAAAUAUACCAAUGUAUCGUAUUAUAUUUAUCAACAUAUCGAAUAGAUUACGGGAAACUGAUCACACAACUUUACCGGUAAUAAGCACUGUCCUGCAAACAUUGAAUCCACAGUUCAAUAAACGUUUUGGGACUAUUGAGAAGAACGCUAGAUAA